UGCCUUCGUAUGGUGAUUACCCGGUCACAUUGAUUCUCUUCCUUCUGUUUUUAUUGCAGUCAUAAUCAGAGUAUUUUCUGCUAAAAUGGCUCUCACAUGCGAGGAACCACAACCAGAAAGUGGGAAAGGUCUACACACACAGGAAAGUGGUGAUGCAGGUUUCUCAGCAGACAUGAAGCACGUCUUCAGUGACAAUUACCAAGACAACAUUGCUGGAUGUGGGUUGCCCAAUGCAAAUAAAAAGAGUUCUGUGAGACCCAUGUUUAUUGAGGCAGAGAUCUCUGAGCUGGCAAGGAAGGAAAGGCCAGUGGGGUUCCAGCCUAACUACCUUGUGUCUACCGAGAAAAACGUGGGUGAAACGAGAAAGAGGAAACGAUCAAGCCCUGACUCAGAAGAGCAACCAUUUCAAGGAAAGAUGGACAGACGACUGAAAGAAUUGUGUCCUCCUUGCCGCCCGAGACGGAAAGCUCAGAAAAAAAUUCAAAAGAGUCAUUCAAGGGUUCCAGGACGAAGAAUUACUAAUUGCCACAGCACAAAAUUAAAGUGGAAAACUUUGAUUGUUGUGUGUUGUUCCAUCAUGACAAUGCAAUUAGUUGUCUGUGACACAUCGGCUGGCAUUUGCUUCACCUGCAUGGACAAGGCCAGAUGUCCAAACCUGAUAACAAUAUAUGUGAAAAAUGAUCGUCUAGUCUAUGACAGACCCACUGAAAAAGAAAUCCCAAAGUGUUCUGGAGCCCCUUCCAUCACACAGGGCUGUUUUGUGUGCCGGUCUCAGUCAGAUGUGAACAUCUACUGUUCCAACAACAUCACAACAUUUGAGGCUGAGGAUUGCAAUGGUUCAAGAAUCACAAACAUCAUUAAAGGGUGUGAUGAGCAGCAGAAGUCUUACCCUGCACCUAAUGGACCAGCUAACAAAGCGAGUCACACUCAUUUACUUACUGGACUCAUGUGUAGUGCUGUUGCUGUUGUGAUGCUGCUCUGAAUCACGGUGAUCUACAUCAUGAGUGUGCCUGGUUGUGAAGACUGAACUUGCUAUUAUUUGGUCACAAUUUGUGCUUCAAUGUAAUUUUUAUUUUCAGGUCUGGAAGAAUGAAGACGGUUGGUUAAAUUUCUCAUAGAGUUGGAUUUUUAAAUAAUUCUUAACAUUUCUGUUAAUUUUCUGAUAUUUUUUGUGUGAUGUUUUGUUAUUUUAGUUGUAUAUGUAUAAUAAACUCAAAAAUCAACUAAUCCCAAAAAUAAAGUAAGUUAGCUAUAAUAUUUUUAAUCUCUAACUAUUUACAGUAACACCUUUUUGUAUUUGUUAGUAUUAUAGGAAAUGUGAUGAAAGCACUAAAGAAAAUCCAGGUAGAAACUGCUCCCGUAGACAUUACUCCCUUGAUUCUUUUUUUGUUGCUUGCUAUUUUCUACUUGUGUAUUUGCUUUAGAUCUUUUUCUUUGUAGUUAAUCACACUUAUUACUACUAUGACUUACUAAUCAAUCAAUUGCUAAGUCAAUACAAAAUCCUUCAGGCUAAUUAAUUUUUAAAUGCAUGCUAAUCUUAAUGACAUAUUACUGUUUGCAAUUAAUAAACAAU